CACACUUCUGUAUACCUGAUGAGGUCUCUGUUACUUGCAAGCCUCGUAUUAUUCAUAUGUGGUGCGCAUUUACCAACAUCGGAUGCCGGAUUCCUAUACAGACUUCUAUGGGGAAAAGUAGAAGAAAACUUGGAUCAUUCAGAUCCUGGCCCAACAUAUAACGUUACACUGAAAAUAGCAGAGGAACCGAUGACGAUGACUACAGAUACCUCAUCAAAUGAAAUAAAAAACGUCAGCAACGGAAAACACCGUUAGAUCAUGGGUUCUCCUUCAGCUUGGCAUUCUUACACUCUAUCACAUGUCAGUCACAGACGAAAGCUGACGCUUCAGUAAAUGCACAAACAUAAUUUCAUUUCUAU